GUUUGUUUGUCUUUACCCUACUAACCAGAAAGAAAAUAUCCCACAAAUUAGUUGCUCAUACCUACCUCCAUACAAUUCAUACAAAUAUGAGUGAAGUCCUUCUCUGUAAUGCCUGACAUUGCCCUUCUAUUAGUCUUCACAUUAAAUCAUGCUGAAGAAAGACAAGGUCAAGUAGGAUCCACACAAUUUUUAUGUUGAGCUAUGACGUGUCAGACGUCAUUGAGGUCUUCAGUAGCGAUGUGUAAAGUGGUCCAAUAUCUGAGUAAAUGUAGUUUUCUCAGUAGAAAUACCUCGAUGCCAAUGAUCUCACGAAGCAACCUUGGUUGAAAUCAUCAAUCAACUUCCUUCCUUCAAAAAUACAGUACACAGAGUGUAGCUGCACUUGCAACACAAGCACAGAAGUUUAUAGUUUUAUUCUACCCGCCCUAUUUUUCCAUCGGAUCUGUGUAUGAUUUUUGUGAUGCAGCAUUGCAGCCGUGUAUGUGAUGUCCAUGAAAUUCUGUGUAGAUGAGUUAUGCUUACAUCCAUUUUUCGCUUUUAUAGCAUGAAGAUCUAUUCUCAUAUGUAUUGUAGAAAUUUCCAUCGCGCGGGUGCUCGUCCUGUUUAGUGUGUGAGCUGUUAUAUGUGUGGCAGUAAUGAGUUUCAGUUUAAUUAACCCAAAAAAACAACUACAUAUUGCCACUGUCUCUGUGUGGUAAAAAGACAAAAAGCGUUUCGAAGCGUCGGACUCCCGUGCUUGCACAAAGUUGCAUCUACAAAUCCAGCCGGCUUCGCAAAGCUCCUAGAGCUGCGCACUCAGUAAGCGAAGGUAGUAAGUCAUAACAAGGUCUUAUUUAGUGCGGCUGGUCUUUAGAAAAAUUGCUUCUUUCUGUAGGAGCGACGGCCACAGGAAGGUACUUAUAUGCCUUGCACGGUAGUAAGUACUUGAUUUUCAUUUUCAGGCUUGGCGUUCCCCUUGCAUUUCAUUGCACCCGACCGCACAGUAGAGCUAGAGCUGACAAAGGUUCUUAAUAUCAGGAACUGAAGAUAGACGCUUCUUUGUUGACGAGACGACCAAAAGAGCACCGGGAAGAGCUCGUGGGCUUUCUGUCGGUGGCACCCAUUCGGCUGCCCGACGAAGCAGAGGACAGAGUCGACGGUGACGCGACAAUCACUGCAAUUUGCUAGUACUUGUGACACCAGUACGUAGCAGCGUCGUAAGCAGAGCUUUGUUUUGUGCGAGCCUCUCGCUGUACUUGCGGUGCAUAGACAUACUACUUACUGGACUAUCUUGGCACUUAAAUAAGGAAACUACGACAUACUCACACCUAGGAAAAAGCCGUCCUCAACAAGUUUCUCGAAUUUUUUAAAGGCGGAGGAAAACCUACGGGAAGAACAUAGCGCGAGCAUAGUCAUUCCAAGGCCUAGGCCCCAACGCCCAUUAAAUACAGUCACUUGGAAGAAGAACCGAGAAUGGAUAUUGAUGAUGCUGUGGGGUGGGAGCACUACAAAGACGGAAAGUUCUGGCACCAUGCGGUGGCGGGAGCGUCGGCUGGGGUGUGCGAGCACCUCAUCAUGUACCCCUUUGACACCAUCAAGGUACUUUAGUACUUCGUUUAUCUUUAUAGAGCUACUUCUAGUCGUUGUCGUAUGAUAUCAGCUUCAACGGCGUGUAAAAGAUGACAAAAGAGAACACAAGCUUCCGAUUCGUGCCCGUGCCUCCUCCCAGAAAUGUUUUGUGUUACCGACUGUCCCUGAAAGCUUGUAAUUUCAUUGUGUGCACAGAAACAUUUACGGCACGAGGAUGAUGUACGGAACGCAAGUGUAGUUUCAUUCAUAAUCACAACAGACGAACCUUCAAGCGGAGCGACCAAAGCAAUUUUCCUCUCCUUCGGGAGGAGGACCUCCGGGAGGACCGCCAGGAUCAUCCUGUGCCGCCGCCUGCCCGACUAAAAUAAACCCUGGCACCAGCUCCUGCACAUCAGCAACGAAAGCAGGGGCGGCGACUUCCAGCAGCGCAUCCUCGUCGUGUGCACCAGCAGCGGGGACCUCGUCCGCGUCAACGGCCAGCAGCCGAGUGAACUUCAAUGCAACUACUACAGGAGCAGCAGGUAGUGGCGCAGCAGCGACUGCGCCGUCGUCCACGCUCUCUAGCACCAUAACCCGCGGGAACUGCUCGCCCUUCAUGACCAGUCUUCAGCAGCGCACGGCGACCACAGGAAUUAUUCCCACCACCGCGGUCGCGAGCUCCAGCACCGCGGGAGGUACAAGAACAGGAGCUGCUCUUGGUGCCAACCCCGGGUCCCGGUCGGUGUACAGUAACACGUUUGCCGCGUUUCGCGCGAUCAAGAAUGAGGCCGGCUGGAGCGGCUUCUACCGCGGCGUGUCGGCGAUGGCGCUGGGCUGCGUACCGGCGCACAUCGGCUACUUCUGCGCCUACGAGACAGUCAAGGGCUUUGGGAGGAGUAGCAACAGUUCUAGGGACCAGACGAACAACGCAAGGAAUUACAGCAGCGCGGAUAAAGAUAACCCGGGUGGACAUAAAGACCAACAUCUUCCAAACGGCCAGAACAAUAGUGCAAGUUCCUCUUCCCCCUACUCCCCCACCGCAUUUUUGGCCAGUAACCCCUGGCUGAUUGGCAUGGGCGCGGGCUGCGCCGCGAGCUUCGCGCACGAUCUGAUCCUAACCCCGCUCGACGUCGCGAAGCAGCGGAUGCAGCUGCGGGCGGGGAGCCACACCCGGUCCUGCGCGGAGUGCGUGAAGCACGUCGUGAAGACCGAGGGCUAUCUGGCGCUGUAUCGGUCUUUCCCUGUCACGCUGUUCAGCAACGUCCCUUUUUCCGCCAUUCUCGUAGGGUGCAACGAGCAGCUGAAGGAGCAGUUCGACGUGAACACCACCUGCCAGAUAUCACAAGGAAAAAUCCCCCCUCCCCAUAUCAAACGGAAGUUUCUGAUGCUGGAUUUGCGUAUACAAAUCAGGUUUGUCUUGCAGUAGAGGACUGCAGGCCCCUGCCAAGCCUGAGUAGAGAGGUUUUGGCCUAGGCGCUUAGCAUGAGAAACGUCUAUGCUGUAGGCCCCACAGCAUCACAAACCGCCUGCAUAAUGCGGCAGAGCCUGCGGAGUUGUCUUCUUGCAAGACAGACGUGAUUUGUGGUGUCAAAUCAGCAAGACAAAUUUUCGGAAACAUACCUUUUCGAUAUGGGGAGCGGGGAUCUUUCCUCUCAAUACCAGACGUGGGACGAGAUGCAAACCAAACUGCCCAUGUACUUUACGCUCGCCGGCGUCAGCAGCGGCGUGGCCGCCGUGUGCACCCAGCCCCUGGACGUGAUAAAAACCAGGAUCCAAACGCAAACCUGCCUGUUGAACAAAACCUCGGUAAGGUACCACGGCAUCAUCGACGCGGCGCGGACCAUCUACGCGGAAGAGGGACUCAGGGCGUUCUUCAGGGUACAGUGUUACUUGCCUGCUUAAAUACUACUUACACGAUUUGAAAGCGUAGGAGUUCUGUUUAGCGUCGUCAGCACUUGACGUUUUCCUUGCGCAUUUCUAUGUGUCGUGUGUGCGUAUUUGCAAGAUAAAAGCGUAUGAAUAGUAUAUCGAAAUAAAGAUAAAAUCCUAUUCUGAAUUGUGAAUGACAAUGAUUUGAAGAUGUUUCUGAACCAAAACAGGGCUCCGCCGCUCGGGCGCUGGUCGUGAUUCCCAGCUGCGCGAUUUCAUGGGCGAGUUACGAAACCAUCAAGAGUUUUCUAUCAAAUAUAAAAAUGUCUGGGUCUGGAAGAUUGCAACUUGUGAUGCUGCGUCUGCAUUAUGCAAAAAUCUGUAUUGCAUGAACAGCAAAAGAGGUCUUUGGCCCCGGCGAGAGGGCAUUUCUCAUGCGGUAUAGGCAUCAGAAAGCCCUCACAAGAUCUGUGAUGCUAGGGCAUGCAUCGCAGACAUCAGGAGUCAUGCAAAAUGUGCAUGACAAACCUUGCAUCCUUCCAGACCCAGACAUUUUUACAUUUGAUACUUUCUCGUCCGCAACGACUUCUAACACGAAAGUAGCCGCUUGUUGCAGCAGCAGCUCCUGCCGGGCAGUUCUUCUUCGCAUCUUGUUCUUCGCUCAGACCAUUUAAUGCUCUUGUACUGCUAGCCGGUAGUACCCCCAGGCCCAAUUCUUCUGCGGGCAAUAUUGUUCCUCUCGUUCUCUACAGCGCCGUUCACGACUUGGGACGGUAGUGGGUACCAGUAGGCUAUUCACAAUCUUCACGCCGAUUGCGCACAUAAUUGAGAGUAAACCACACGGCACGAAGAUGAAGCACAGCGACAAGAGGAAAUCUACAAAAGAAGACUUCUAUCCAGCCCUGUUCUUCCUCGACCGGGUCCGCCGGCAAUUAUAUCGGAGAUUACCGUAUGUCCAAGUGCUGUAACCACAAGAAUCAGACCCGGCGUUGGCGAAGAGACGAUCAUCUUGAUGUGUGAUGAGUUUUUCAUGAUUGUAAACAAAAGUAGAAUUAAGGAUAGCGAUAAGGACCACAAGAAGCACUGACAUAGAAGACACACAAGUGUAGAUGACUGCCGCGGGACCGUCGACUCCAUUGACUGACAUGACACGUUGACGUUGAUGUCUUAUCGCCACAUAGGACAUUGCAUUGUCAUAUCGACACGGGCUGCUUUUCCAAGUUUGAACUUCAAAUCGACUUUGUUGUUGAGCAUUUGAAGACCACGACGAUGUACUAUAGAUAGCAUACUAAAGAGGCGAGUCCACUUUUCCCUGCUUCAUUUGGAGGAACUAUUUACUUUCGGGAUUCCGGUUGUAAGAAGAACCAGAACGCGAACACUUCAUUCUCGGAGUUUGCACUGCACACUCACUUGUUGUGGCAAAUUCUCUUGAUCAUGAUACCCGGAAGUCAGAGUCAACAUCAUCUUUCAGCAAGAACUCUAUACAGAUACAUUACGCAGCAACAGCAUCAGAAUUAGAAGUUACGUAAAUUACAGCAGCUAAAAAGAGGAAAGAGCUUUAGCAGUGAAUCAGCAGCAACAGCAACAGCAGCAGAUACUAUCAGCAUACCAGUGCGACGCGAAGACUACAAGAGCGACCGUAGUGGCGUGUAGCUCAUCUUGUCGCUAGGAUUAAGUCAGUUUGGAAAUACCAGUACGGUUUUCCAUUCGGAUAGCUUCAUGGUCCAGUUGUAAGAGGACAAUUUGAAGAACCCCAGCCAUCUAGGGUGUAUCAGCGAGCGACUUCAUUGUAGCGAUCGAAGAUUUAUUCAUUUUCAGCAUAAUGCCCCCGUUGACGACGUCCCAUGCAAUUUAUUACGCGCGCAGAAUGCCAUGGGACGAAGACGAACAUCACGAACGUUUUAAACUACACCAAUGCAAAUAAGAAACAAAGAUGCAAUUGUUAUUGUCG